CAGGACAUUUACAUUUUUUUAAUCAGCUGUAUGGGGGCUUGAACCCAUAUGCCCUUGGAGGUGCGUGGUUGACUGAUGCUCUUAAUACAAGCCAGUAGGUAUGAUUUUGUGAAUUGUUAGGAAUGAAAAAAUUUGUUAACAAUUAGAAACAUGUUAGGAUCAUACUAAAGGUUAGUGCACUAAUGGCUCACGAUAUGAUUAUCAACCAAAACAGAUUUUUUUUGCAAAAAAUUUGUGGUUAGCUAUGCAUACUAAGAUACGCCACUUUUAUUUCUUCUUAUACUAUAUCUCCCUACAAUUAACAUGCACAUGCCUAAAAGGUAUCUGGGAAAGUCUUAGUUUAAGUAACAAAGCCCAUUUAGUAAAAUAAUGAUCUAGGUCACCAUUUCCCUAACAUUUUUGAGUCCCAAGCCCAUUUAUGAAAACAAAUUGACCAGAAAACCCCAUAAAUUAAAAAAAAAAAUUAGUAAAAGAAAACACAGAUAAUAGAUGUUUCGGUAGAGAAUAUUCAAAAUUAAUUAAGACAAAGAUUAACACUGAAAGUUUCUUUUAAAAUAUUUUUUUUUCGUCUUAGUUUAAGUUUACUUUUUAUGCUAGUGACACUACAGAAAACAUAUUUGUUGAAAACCAUAGACCUAUUCCAUUAUGAAUAAUAAUGGUUUUCUCCUUGUUACUUAUAUCUGCUUUACUAACGUUACCUUAAAAAAAAAAAAAACUUCUUUGAAGUUAAAAUAUUUAAAAUAAAAAAUAAUAAAAAAAAAAUAAAAUUGAAAAAAAAAAAUACUACAGAUAACAAAAGUUUCAGCAACCAGAAACAUAACUUUUUUUUCAUUAUAAUUUUUUUCAAAAAAAAAAAAAAAAAGACUUUAAAAAUAAAAAAUAUAAAAUAAAAAAAAAAAAAAAAAAAAAUAAAAUUGAAAAAAAAAAAUGCUACAGAUAACAAAAGUUUCAGCAGCCAGAAACAUAACUUUUUUUUCAUUAUAAUUUUUUUCAAUUGUAUAGCUACUGUAUUUUUAUGUAGAAUUUUUCCUCAUCAAAGUCAUUCAUCAAAGUUUAGUACCCGGUAUCAAAAGUAGGGACAUAAGUCUGAACUUACAUUAGCUUUAUUUCUCUGAUCUUAGAUAUACUUUUGAGGUUGCCCCUGUUUUCACACUGAUGGAAAAAGCUGUUGUGGAUAAAAUGUUGAGUCACAUAGGUUUCAGAAAUGGAGAUGGUCUGUUCUGCCCAGGUAAUAAGUCAAAUAAAUAAUUGUCUUUAUUUUUUUCUGAUUAUCUCAUUUAUAUUUAUAUAUUUGUUGUCUCUUUGAUGCCAUUGUGCAAUAUGCCACACAGCUUGAAAGUUUUAGAUUAUGAUUUAUGAUGUUUUAACAGUUGGCAUUAAUUGUGAAGGAAUAGAAAUAUGUCUUUUCCUGGUUACCAUUUAAUUCUCCUCUUUCAACUUUAGCUAUGGAAAUGGCAUGGAUUCAUUGGCUGUAGCUUUAAAUAUUAAAACCCACUUUGUUUCUAAAAGUUUUUUUUUGCUGCUGAAAAACACAUUAUUUAGGAUAUCAGUAACACACUACCUACUGUAGAUUUUACCAUUAUAGGUGAACCUAUGGUAUUUUGAAUUUCUCAUGUAUGUAAAUAGAAGUAGUCUUUUAAAAGAAGAAUAAAGAAAUAUUUAUCCAUUUCUGAAGGUGGAUCACUGUCUAACAUGUAUGCCAUGAACUUGGCUCGCUAUCGCAUGUUUCCUAAUGUAAAGUUGACAGGAGUUAGUGGACUUCCUGCUUUAUGUGUUAUGACAUCAGAAAAGGUAGAUUCUAUAGAAGUUAAUAGUUUUGAAAAUCACAGAUGACCUUGAGAUAAUUAGUUUUAAUAUUCAUAGAUUAUAUAUUAGUAAUCAGUUCUCAAAUCAUAGAAAUUUAUUUAAACUAAACUAAAACACAGAAAGAAAAAUCUGCACAAAUUUACUUUAAGAUAAAAAUUACAUUUACAUCUAGUUAAACACUAAUAAAAAUAAAGUAAGACAUUAAUUCAUAACAACAAUGACCUUCUUAAACUUAAAAUAUAAGUACUGGUAGUCUUAAAUUUUUCUUAAUGUCUGUUACUGGUACUAAAAGGGACAUUACUCAGUCAAGAAAGGAGCAGCUUUUCUAGGUAUUGGCAUGAACAAUGUGAUAGCUGUCAAAACAGAUGUCAAAGGUCGUAUGAUUCCAGAAGAAUUGACCAGAGCUAUUGAGGGUGUUAAAUCACUUGUAAGUAUUUGUCCAUGAAUGUAUUCAGAAAAUGAUACUUAAAUCAUUUACAAUUGGUGUCAGAACCUGCAUAUUUACAUGUGAAUUGCUGUUGUUCUGCACAUUACAUCUCUAUAUACUACACUCCCCACACCGGUAAGGAUGGUAUAAAGAUCUAAGUAUUCAGAAAUUAACAGCUGAUGCUUGCUUUGAAGGAAAUAUGAUAGACAGAUUGUAAACAAUUACUCCCCAGGGUUAUGUCCCUUUUAUUGUCAAUGCAACAGCUGGUACAACUGUGUUUGGAGCUUACGAUCCACUCAGUGACAUUGCAGACAUCUGUGAAACAUAUGGAUUAUGGAUGCAUGUGGAUGCUUCAUGGGGCGGCAGUGUGCUGCUAUCUGAUAAGCUUCGAGACAAGGUUAAUGGCAUAGGAAGGUGAGAUACCGGUGUUGCUGCUUUUUAGAAAAAGAUAUUCAGCUGUUUUAAUAUAGUGUAGCCGAGAGUAGAAAUAUUUUAUUGUUUCAAACUGUGUUAUGAUGAUAUGCUUAGGGUUUUGUUUUUUCUGUUAUAUGUUACAUUAAACAUUUAAUAAAUAGUGACACUCAGCUGUUAUCAACCCAUCUCAAGUAUAGAAUUAACUAAUUACUUAAGUUCAGCAACACAGCAUUCAAGUUUAAAAAAAAAAGACAUUUCCAAUGAUAUCUUUAAGCACCAAAACCAUGUUUAAUUGCAGACAUUUGUGAUGAGAUUCAUAUCACCUCUUAUGAUGUUGGUAUCUCUUAACCACUAACAAUUUGUGAUGACAUCCUUUUAUCACUGACACAGUAAUAUAUUUUUACAAACAGAGCUGAUUCUGUAACGUGGAAUCCUCACAAAAUGAUGGGUGUUCCAUUUCAAGCAGCUGGCUUUUUCACAAGGCACAAAGUAAGUUCUGUUACUUGGCUACUUCCUGAGCAAUGUUGUGAAUUGUCUCUGAAUGGAAAUAGUAUUUGACUAAUUUCCUUUACGGACAUUAUGUUUUAUCUUGCACUUUGUCAAGAAGCGUUAUGCUGGUAACGGGUACCAUUAUUUACAUUUUAAUAAAAUUCAUUUCAUUAUCUUAAGUUGCUAUUCACUGCCUCUGCCUCAUCAAAUUGUUGGCCGCCCCUAAGAAAUUAUGUUUCUAACAGAUAAAAAGUAAAAAGAGAUUUUUCUUCAAAUUCUAACAAUUUUAUCUUUUACCAUUUCUUUUGUCUCAAUGCUAAAGUGCUAAAUUUAUGGUCAUUUUGCUCUAUCAUAUUGUCUGAUGCCUGCUGUGCUAAAGCUAUGUUGUUUUGUUUCAUGGUUUGCUUGACUGUCAACAGUGCUAAAGCUGUGGUACUUUGUUUCAGGAUAUAUUGUCAGAGUGCCACAGUGCUAAAGCCAAAUAUUUAUUUCAACAAGACAAGUUUUAUGAUGUCAGCUUUGACACUGGAGACAAGUCGAUCCAGUGUGGAAGAAAAGUUGAUGCCCUAAAGUUGUGGAUAAUGUGGAAGGCCAAGGGAUCAAAUCAGUUUGCUGCCGACAUUGAGAACAUCUUUAACUGUGCCAAGUCAGUGUUAUAUGUAAUUGUAUUGAAUUUAAUAAAAUUCUACCUUGUUUAAUUGUCCAUUCGUUAUUAAAAGUGCAGAAGAAAUCCAUUGAUAAAAAAUAAUUUUUUAUAAACUUCAGGCAUGCAUGCAGUGGUGUAGCUGGGUUUAAUGGCGCCGUGGCGGUCAGAGAAUUUUACAGCCCCCUUCCACAAAAACAGCUAUGCAGUUGGUCGAAAAAUGCCCCCCCCCCCUCUAUAUAAAGAAAUUAGUGCGGCCCCGGGCAGACUGCCCUCUCUGCAUUCCCCCAUCCUACACCACUGCAUGCAUACCAGCCUGAAAAAUAAAACUUCAGGCAUGCAUGCAGUGGUGUAGCUGGGUUUAAUGGCGCCGUGGCGGUCAGAGAAUUUUACAGCCCCCUUCCACAAAAACAGCUAUGCAGUUGGUCGAAAAAUGCCCCCCCCCCCCUCUAUAUAAAGAAAUUAGUGCGGCCCCGGGCAGACUGCCCUCUCUGCAUUCCCCCAUCCUACACCACUGCAUGCAUACCAGCCUGAAAAAUCAAAACCUGUACAAAAAGUCCCAAAACACCCGUACAAAAACAUAAGUGUUCAGGAUAAUUUAAUUGUGUUAUUAAUGGAAAGUGAUACUUAAAAUUAUUUACAACUUUAACUAUAAAAGGAAACACAAACUAUCAUCAAUUCUCCCUUCAAAGAGUAUUGCAGUUUUGUUUCCACUGUUCAUCUAUCUUUAAAAAAAAAAAGAAAUCUGUUCUUCAGCUACCUAGCCCAGAAGCUUGCCAAAACUGAAGGAUUUAGACUUGUCGUUAAAGAGGUUUGUCUUCUGACAACAUAAUAAUAAGAACCAUAUAUUCAUGAUAAGUUUGUGGUAAUGUAAGAGGUGUCAGUAGUCCUCACAUUUAAAGGCAUAGAUUAUGACAGUGCAUCAUAAAUAUGUGAACAUCAUUAACAUUAAGUUUCUAAUUAUCAUUUGAGGUAGUUGAUACCUGCUAUUUUUUGCAACAGAAAACUAAAUGCCUCCUUUAUCUUAAGGUAAAAUUUACAUUUAUAUUAUAGUCUACAAAAUAACUUCCAUUGAAAACAUUUUAGUUUUGCAUUAAUAUCUAUUUGACAUACUGUAAUAUUUGAUUAAAUAAUUUAACUCUGAAAUAAGACAUAAUCCAAAUGAAAUAGACAUACUUCCUUAGCCUUAAGUUAAAAAUGUUAAUCAAAGUCUCGUCCACUCCAUGUUCCCAGCCUGAGUGCACAAAUGUUUGUUUCUGGUACAUUCCACCAAGUUUGAGGACACUUGAUGAGACAGCAGAAUGGUGGGACAACCUAUCCAAGGUAUUUCAAUUUCAUGCGUAGUCUUCCCUUUUAGCACUUCAUGACAAUUAGAGAUAUGUCCCUUCCUGUAUGUAAAUGUAAGCACUUCAUUACAACUAGAUAUCUGUCUGUACCUCACUGUAUGUUAGCUAGAUGUCUGUCUGUACCUCACUGUAUGUUAUCACUUCAUUACAACUAGAUGUCUGUCUGUACCUCACUCUAUGUUAGCAAUUCAUUACAACUAGAUGUCUGUACCUCACUGUAUGUUAGCACUUCAUUACAACUAGAUGUCUGUGCCUCACUGUAUGUUAGCACUUCAUUACAACUAGAUGUCUGUACCUCACUGUAUGUUAGCACUUCAUUACAACUAGAUGUCUGUCAGUACCUCACUGUAUGUUAGGCAUUUCAUUACAACUAGAUGUCUGUCUGUACCUCACUGUAUGUUAGCACUUCAUUACAACUAGAUGUCUGUCUGUACCUCACUGUAUGUUAGCACUUCAUUACAACUAGAUGUCUGUCAGUACCUCACUGUAUGUUAGGCAUUUCAUUACAACUAGAUGUCUGUCUGUACCUCACUGUAUGUUAGCACUUCAUUACAACUAGAUGUCUGUCUGUACCCUCACUGUAUGUUAGCACUUCAUAACAACUAGAUGUCUGUCUGUACUUCACUGUAUGUUAGCAUUUCAUUGCAACUAGAUGAUUGUCUGUACCUAACUGUAUGUUAAUCUUAGCACUUCAUUACAACUAGACAUAUGUAUCUCACUGUAUGUUGUUACUUCAUCACCACUAGAUAUAUCAGCAAUUUAGACAGGAACUUGAAGGAAAAUUUGUAAAACUUUUUGCCAUGACAGAGGCGCUACUGGUUUUCUAACUGUACUGCCCGCAUUUAAAAGUUAAUAUGUUUAUUUCAAAAUUUAUAAAUUAUACCAAAAUCAUUUUGAUGUUACACAUCAGUGACAAUUAUUGGUGGGAAUAACAAGUAUUUGUAUCAGUCCAUUAACAGAUUGUUUGUGGAUUGAACAGUGUAUGUUAAAUUGUCUAAAUUUAUUCAUUGAACAGUGUAUGUUAAAAUGUCUAAAUUUAUUCACUGAACAGGGUAUGUUAAAAUGUCUAAAUUUAUUCACUGAACAGGGUAUGUUAAAAUGUCUAAAUUUAUUCACUGAACAGGGUAUGUUAAAAUGUCUAAAUUUAUUCACUGAACAGGGUAUGUUAAAAUGUCUAAAUUUAUUCACUGAACAGGGUAUGUUAAAAUGUCUAAAUUUAUUCACUGAACAGGGUAUGUUAAAAUGUCUAAAUUUAUUCACUGAACAGGGUAUGUUAAAAUGUCUAAAUUUAUUCACUGAACAGGGUAUGUUAAAAUUAUUAAAACCACUUAAUCCACCCACCCUGAUACUUUAUGUCCCUAGCUGCUAAUUGUGUUUUUUUUUUGAGAGGGCGGGGGUAGGGUUUAAAAAAAUGCAUAUAAACAUGACUCCUUUUAAAAUCAGAAACUGUGUGUCAGCACAGGGCGGGCGGAGGUAGGGUUUAAAAAUAUGCAUAUAAACACGACCUCUUUUAAAAUCAGAUACUGUAUCAUGUAUGUUAGCACAGGGCAGGGCGGAGGUAGGGUUUAAAAAAAAUGCAUAUUAACAUGACUCCUUUUAAAAUCAGAUACACUUAAUGACUUCACUAUGUGAAGUGCAUUGAAUGAGUAGAAUAUUUAGCCAACGAGCGCACCUUUAUACAUCAUGCUAUGAAAUAUCACUGUGAACAUUUCAUUAUGCUACUACAUAAAUCUUUCACAAUUGUGUGAAAAUGUGCAGCACAGUGAGUUUUAGCUAAUGUUUUUUCUUCCGAGUACAGCUAUUAACUAGUUCAUUUAUGGAGUACAAAAAGAAUCCAUUCCCGUAAAGUAAAAAAAUAAAAUGAAAAUCAGACUAAGGAUAGCGUGUUUUGUGAAAUUUGAUGUUUUUAGAGUAAAAACAUUCGGUAAGUGCCCUCCCCUAAUCAGAAUCUAGCCAGAUUUCUGUAAUAGGAUACUAAGCCUUGACUCAGCAUUAGGACUGCAGAUAUUCUGGCAUUAAAUUUACGACUAGGCCUGCAUUGUUGAAUGUAGUGCUGUAGUUUCACGGCUUUACAACUUUUGUUUACUGUUCACAGCUCUACUCUUAAGUGUGAAGAAAUAAUUGUAAAAAAACAUUCAAUAAUUUCCAUAUCUUCCAGGUUCUUUUUAUCAUGGAUUUAAAUGAAUCCAUAGUGAGUUAAAGUAAUUUGAACUUUUUUACGUGAAAUUUAUGUAAGUUGGGGGAAGUUCUCCAUUAAUUGAUUUUAUCUUUCCAGGUUGCACCACUCAUUAAGCAGAGAAUGACAGAGCAAGGAACUCUUUUGAUUGGCUACCAACCAGACGGUGACCUGGUCAACUUCUUCCGCAUGGUGGUAGUUAACCACAAGGUCACAGAGCAAGAGAUGGAUUUUGUUAUAAGCGAAAUAGAACGUUUGGGGAAAGAUAUCUAACUUGCAAGCUUUGGACAUCAGCCUCCAGUACCAUGGUCAAGUAGUAAUUGGACUAUGAAGUUCAUUUUUAAUCAUACAUGUAUGACUUACGACAGCAUUUUUUAAAAGUCAGUCAUUUAUGACAUUAAAAAAAAGUAAUGAGUAAAACAAAACCUAAAAAAAAAAAGCAACAAAACAACGAAUGCAUCACCAGGAAGCCUUCGUCAGCAAAAAGACAACAGAAAAAAAAAGAAUUAAAUAAAAAAAUAGUACUUAGCUGAAAAGUAGUAUCCGAGAGAGCAGCAAAAGAAUUGUGAACAUUUUCCCAGUUCUUAGGUCUUUUGCACUGCAGUAAAUUUAACGUUUGAACGGGCCAUAGGUGGCCUGAAGGAUGCCCAUCCCUGCUGUAGUUGCUUAAAUUGCUCAACAUAUUUAUAUGAAAAAUGAAUAAAAUUGUUUCAUUGUUUGUUUUUUAGAUUUUUAAAAAAGAGCAACACAAGAAUAAAUAUGUUCCUUAUAUAAA